AUGGUAGAAGUUAAAUAUUUUAUUCCAAACAAGUCUAGAAUGCUUGUUUCGCUCCUGGGCGAUAAGGAUGUUCGGAAUAUGCAUCAAAUACACGUCAACUUAAAUGCGCUGGUGAUCGAGUUGGUUGUUAGUCAUAUUCCAUGCUUGAUCGAAGCAGCCGAUGUCGUAAUUGAUAUGAGGGAUAGUGGCCCAUCCCAAAAUGUUGAGUGUAGCCGCCGAUCAAAAAUUUUUUCAAAGGGUAGCUUAAGUAAUUUCGGUCAAGUUGUUGAAAAAACAAGAGCUGCAAUCGAAGAGCAACCUAGUCAAAGAAAUUCUUUGGAUGCUUGGAAAACCUCUAUUGAGGGUGUUGGUCAGAAGUUCAAUGAUGUAGAAACUCUUCGCGACACGAUUCGCAACUUUUGCAUUGCAAAUUGUAGAGAUUUUGUAUUUGUGAAGAACGAUCGCCUGCGACUGACCGUGGAAUAUGCAUACGAAGGAUGUGAAUGGCCGAUUGAUAUCGUAAAGGAUAUUCAUCGAGAAUAUAGUGUUGAAUUGCCGUAUCAUCAAGCUUGGCAUGGGAAGGAGGUGGCUAUGAAGGACCUUUAUGGUCACAGAUCAAAAUCUUAUGACCGGAUAUACUGGUAUUGCGAUGCCAUUCUUGAGACCAACCCCGACAGCAUAGCAGAGUAUGAAACUAUUGAAGGUCGAUUCAAACGCCUAUUCAUUUCAUUUCAUGCUUCAGUAGUGGGUUUCAUAAGAGGUUGUAGACCUCUGAUUUUUAUGGAUGGAACAUUUAUAAAGCAUAAGGAUGGAGGAGUAAUACUUGGCGCGACUUCCAAAGAUGCAAACGACGAUAUGUUUCCUAUUGCUUACGGUGUGGUCGAUACGGAGAUUGAUGACAAUUGGGACUGGUUUUGUCGGAAUUUGAAAGAUGCAAUUUAUAGUUGCAUUGAGUGGCGAAGUAAGCAAAUAACAUUUAUGACGGAUAGACAUCAAGGAAUUAUUAAAUCAGUGCCGAAGUACUUUUCUGGUAGUUACCACUCAUAUUGUUUCCGUCAUGUGAAAGACAACUUCAAGAAUCAGGUGCUUGUCCAUUAUUGUGCAAGUGAGAGAAAGAGGCUGCUCGAUUUACUAAAUGCUGCACGAACAGAAUUGUUUCCCAAAUAA